CCGCCCGCCCGCCCGCCCGCAGAGAUGGUGGACCGCGAGCAGCUGGUGCAGAAAGCGCGGCUGGCCGAGCAAGCCGAGCGCUACGACGACAUGGCGGCCGCCAUGAAGAACGUGACGGAGCUGAAUGAGCCUCUCUCCAAUGAGGAAAGGAACCUCUUGUCAGUGGCCUACAAGAAUGUGGUGGGGGCCCGACGCUCCUCCUGGCGAGUCAUUAGCAGCAUUGAGCAGAAAACCUCUGCCGACGGCAACGAGAAGAAGAUCGAGAUGGUGCGGGCUUACCGCGAGAAGAUCGAGAAGGAGCUGGAAGCCGUGUGCCAGGAUGUGCUCAGCCUCCUGGACAACUACCUGAUCAAGAACUGCAGCGAGACCCAGUAUGAGAGCAAAGUCUUCUACCUGAAGAUGAAAGGGGACUAUUACCGUUACCUGGCUGAGGUGGCCACAGGGGAGAAGAGGGCGACCGUGGUGGAAUCCUCCGAGAAGGCAUACAGCGAAGCGCAUGAGAUUAGCAAGGAGCACAUGCAGCCAACGCACCCCAUCCGGCUCGGCCUGGCGCUUAACUACUCUGUUUUCUACUACGAGAUCCAGAAUGCUCCGGAGCAGGCCUGCCACCUGGCCAAGACGGCUUUUGACGAUGCCAUUGCCGAGCUGGACACCCUCAACGAGGACUCCUACAAGGACUCAACGCUCAUCAUGCAGCUUCUCCGCGAUAACCUAACGCUCUGGACAAGCGACCAGCAAGAUGACGACGGUGGAGAAGGUAACAACUAGACCCCUCGGAUGGACUGGCAGCCGCACGCCGAUGCUACUACUGCAGUCUUCAUUUUUUUUCCCACGAGCGGGGGGGAGGGGGUCAGGGGUGGGGGAAGGGAGAGGAGUGGGCGACCUCCUUGGGAGGCUCCCCGCAACCUGUCUUUGAUUGCCUCUUUGACACUUUUGCCAAAACACCACUAGUGGAAAGUCAGGCUGAUUGUGCUGGUAUGGAAUGGAAUGGCAGCCACACAAUGGCCUAUGGACUGUUCUGUAGAUUAUUAAUUCAAGGGGAGCUGUCUUUAAGUUAUCUUAAUUGCUAGACAUACAUGAAGUUGACGAUGACUAACUUGAACGGAACGGCCCUCUUUUUUGUCGCUUGAUUUCUCAUCUUUUCUGUUCGUUUGUCUGUUGGAGAAGCAGCUCUGUUCCAGUAAGGUUUCCAUCCAUCUCUUUUCAUUUGAAAUUUCAUGCAGUUUGUUCUGUUUCGUUCUGCUCUGUCCUGUCCAGAUCCAGCUGUGCCCCUCCUCUUCCUGCUUCCCACUCCAAACUUUGGAGCAGCCUCCCUCCCUCAUUAUGGCAGAAUUUCAAAAGUGAAAACCCCAAACUCAUAAAGAAAGAACCAAAACGAGAGAAGAGCCCAUCUGCGCUUUCUUACAGAAUUGCUUAAGAUUGCUUGCAGUAUUAACACUAAAUUACAGUUUACAGUAUUUCUACACAACAGCCAUAUUUACAUCAAGCCAUUGAUUGUAAGUUGCUUUGCUUGUUCUUUCUGGCUGGCCCAUCUUCCUCCAAUUCCGCCUCCGUGGAUUGGCAUACCCACCCUAGUCGGUUUUCCCUGAUGCCUGGAUGCUGCCUGAGGGAAUGGCCCAUCCUGCUCUAAUUCUUAGCUAUUUUAAUAGAUGCUUGGCAAGUGGCUGUAUAAAAUGCCAGGAAUCCAAAGCAGAAGAGGGUUCAGACUUUGACUCAGACACAGGGAAAGCUGCUAAAACUUGAUGCCGCUUGAUUAAAUGCUACUUCAGGUCUGUAUGUCUCAUAUGAUGUUUGGUAUUCUCCGAGGUCAUCUUGAUUUUUCCCUUUUUUUAAGAGGAGGGGGAGGUAGGUGUCAUAGCCCUUUCCUUUGGGAGCAUUUUGCUGAUAACACAGCUUUUUCUUAUUGUACUUAAAAAUUAUCAGCAGAUCUCUCAUUUUUCUCCCUGUUCUUCUCUGGAGUUGGGACUUUGGUCUGCCUUAAAUCUGUGACACAAGUAAAACAAUUUGGAUCAGUAGAGAAAUCCACAAGAUAAAUUUGUUCCCAGUGUCCAUUUUAAAAACACACAGACACACCUAAAUUUUAGACACUCUAGAAUGCAUAGCAUAAAAUAGAAUCUGUGCUUCUGAAAGUAUUUUCUUGGGAGUAUAAUUCUAUAGUGGAUCAGCAAAUAGUCCAUCAUCGCCCUCUUCUCUCCCUUUUUUCUCUUUACCAAAAAUCAUGAUUGAUGGAAAAUCAUUGCUGUUUUCCUUCUUGAAUUAUGUUUUAGUACGUAGCUUUUGCUCAUCAGAAGAAAGCUCCACAGAAGAAAACUGGCCACUAAUGACUCCUGUCGUGCAAGCCACUUUUGUCUGCCCUUGUGGAAACAGGUCUUAUUUGACAUGGUGGAAUUGUAGUCUUUGUCACUCUUCCUUGCUACAGUCAACCUGGGCGAUGUGAGUUUCUUUAGGGGUCAGCAGUCCCCAAGACAAAGUUUUAAAUGGGCUGAUAUUGACAAAAUGGCAUUAAAUCCGAAUCAGUGCACCCCAUGCAGAAACAUUUUUUUUAAAAGAUCAUAAUCAUACUUCGUUCUGCGUGACUUUUCGUUCUGGGCCACCUCAGUCUAAGUGCCGCGCCAGCAGCCUGAUUCUUGCUCACAACUUGAGUACUGACUGAAACCUCUCGGAAGCGUUACGGACUGGAAGGACAUUUUAGGCUUCUCUUUUAAUUUGCAGUCAUGUCGUGUGAGCAGUGUGUGUCCCUGGCUUUGAUUUGAAAGUGGUUUACUGGAAUUACAAAACCUUUCUUGAUUUCCCCCCCUCCCAGCUUUUUGCUCUGGCUGCUUUAGGAAAACUUUAUGCAGGGGAAAAGAUCGCACAAGAGGGCUAAAUAUGGAGUGGGGGUGGGGACUUGCAAGCAGCUUGAAUGGUUUCUUUCGAUUUUUUCUGUUCAAGAAAUGCACUUGCCUAUGAUAACUGUCUCUUCAGUGAAAUGAAUAACUGCUCCAUUACUCUAUUGAUACAAUAUUGUGCAUGCUGGUGUUGUAUUUCUAUAAAGUAGCUUGGCAUUUAUUAACUUAUACUGUAGAUGUUAUGUAUUCCUAUGACAAUAGUCUUCAACAAUUUUUUUAAGGUUUUUUAAUUUAUUUUAUUUUUCCUUUUUGGGGGUAAAGUUUGCUCUACCAAAUAGUGAUCGUAACAAAACUGAUCUGUUAUGGAUGUUGCUAUAGUGACAUGCAAUUAUAUAUGAUUUUGUUUUUUAAAAAAGGAAAGCAAAAGAAAACACCAGUGUUAGCUUAAUCUUAAUGUCUGGUGUUCGUCAUGGUGAAAUUAUAACUAUUACAGUGUAGGAGAAAAAUUACUAUGUUCUUUGAGCCUUUGUUUGUGCUUUUCUGUCAUGUUAUGCAGUGAACUCUUUUUAAGGUCUAAUCAGUGAUUAUUUUUCCAACUCCGUGUUUCUGUAAGGAAUUAUUUCACACACGGACCAUUCUUAGCAGUUUUCCUCAGUGAUGGAAUAUCAUGAAUGUGAGUCAUUAUGUAGCCGUCGUACAUUGAGCAAAUAAACUUACAGAUCUGA